GGUGAAUUAUAAAAGAGAGUGAUGAUAGAUUAGAGUGUGUCAUUUCUCUUCUCUUUUCUCCUUUGGUGGUAGGGCUCCGCACCGCACACUCGCCACUCUCCAUUUUCACAACUCUUCAAUCUCUCUGCUUUUUAUUCAAGUAGAUAGAUGGGAGAGAGGAUCCCAUCUGGGAGUUAUUUCCAGUUCCCUCCUCCUGGAGUUCCUCCAUCUCCUAUUAGGUCCUCCUCUAUUUCUUCAGAUCGCGAAAGAUAUUUGGCUGAAUUACUGGCAGAGAGGCAAAAGUUGGGACCGUUUCUGCAAGUUCUACCGCAAUGUACCAGGCUCUUAACUCAAGAAAUCAGACGCAUAUCCGGUUUUAAUCAAGGUUUCAUGGAUCAUGAAAGACUUGAGCCAGACAGUCCAUAUAGGUCCUUAGGUCAACAUCCAAAUAGUAGACCAAUGGAUUUGGAGGGAUGGCCUGCUGUACCGAUAGAGGACAACGGAAAUCUCCAAAGAAUGGGAUCAUUUCAAGCGCCACCAAUGGGUUGGCCUGGGACACAAGGAGUUCCAACUACUCCUAUUGUGAAAAGAGUUAUUAGGCUUGAUGUCCCUGUAGACAAAUAUCCCAAUCAGUAUAAUUUUGUUGGCCGAAUUCUGGGACCUCGUGGGAACUCAUUGAAAAGAGUGGAAGCCAUGACAGAAUGUAGGGUUUACAUCAGAGGCUGUGGCUCUGUGAAAGAUUCUAUUAAGGUAAAGUCGGAAGAGAAGCUUAAAGAUAAACCAGGAUAUGAGCACCUUAAAGAGCCAUUGCAUGUGUUGGUGGAGGCAGAGUUUCCAGAGGAUAUAAUCAAUUCUCGGUUGGAUCAUGCUGUGGCAAUAUUAGAAAAUCUUUUGAAGCCUGUGGAUGAAUCUCUCGAUCACUAUAAGAAACAGCAAUUGAGGGAGUUAGCUAUGCUCAAUGGUACUUUGAGGGAGGAAAGUCCAAGCAUGAGCCCGAGUAUGAGUCCAAGCAUGUCACCUUUUAACAGUACUGGAAUGAAACGUGCAAAGACAGGAAGAUGACCCCAAUGUGUGAAUGGUGGAUCAUACAUUUUUCUCAAGCUAAGUUAUUAGCAUCUGAUCUCUUAGAAUUUGCGGUGGUCUUUUCACUGAUAUCAUUCACCAGAAACACCUUUGGAGCUGAACCUCAAGUAGCUUGCUGGGAUGACAGAUGGUUUAUCCACUUAAUUUUGUCUAUUUCGCUUUGACGUCUAUUCUUUGGUGUAUUAACCGCUAGAACAUUCACUGUCAUUUUGCUUAGUAUUAACUAAUUUGCGGGUGCUACUUUGUAGCAUACUCCUAGUUCUUUUUUUUAGGGUCAAAUUAUUAGAUAAAAUACAUGCGUACAUCUAUAAUGCAUGGUAUUGACUCUGAAAACCUAAUAAGUGUCUUUGAUUAUAUUGCGACAUGAAUACUUUUGGUAUUA